CUGGCUCAGGCGAACGAAGAUGUCCUCCUCUCCAUGCUGGAUGCUCGGCGAGUCAUGAACGGGAAGACGAUGCUCCGGGCAGGAUUGCAGGUGGAUGACGGGCAGGGGGGCGGAGGCGAGCAGCGCGAUCGGAGUGGGGACGCGGGAGGAAGCAAGGGGAGCCCGACGGAGGUGGACACCGGCGAGAAGGGACGCGUGGGGUAUGGUUGGUCGGUCGGCCCCUCAAAACGGGCCGUUCCGCUCGGACGCGUGGUGCGUUUUGCGACUCGCGCCGACCUCGAUUCGGCUAUCUCUGAGAUGGAGCCACCCCUGCUGUGGCCCGACAUGCCACGCUGUCACGCCAAGGACCUCAGGGUACCCCAGACAUUCAAGGAGGCGAGAGAGAGCGUGCACAGCACCCAGUUUAUGGACGAGACGAAGAGGGAGGUGUUCGAAUUGCUAGAAGCAGAUGCAUUCAAGGUUUUAGGAUCGUAGCAACCAAUCGGUAAUUGUAUCAAGUCGAAAUUUGUGUUUGAUUGGAAGGUAG